AUGCCUUUCUGGUCACGUGGUUUGAGCGAAGCCCGCCCGACACGUCGAGCCUAUCCAAGAUGGCGGUACUCGCGGAAGUGCCUGAAAGUCUCAGCAGAUUUGAUUGAAUUUCAUAAUAAGUGGAAGACAAUUAUGUCUACUUUAGCGGAGAUUACGGGAGUAGGGCGCGACGAUCUAAAAAAGAAGUUCCAGCUGGAACCUCAAUUCCUCUAUGAUCCAAAUCGUAGUGACAAUUUGGCAUUCAUGUCGCCCUUAGUGCUUCUCAGGGACUCUGAGCUAAAACCGGGAGGAUAUCAAGAUCAUGGACCUAAGACAACCUUGGGGCGUAUUGCAAAGGACAUUUUAGAACCAGAGGGGCACAUGCUUUUCCAAGUGCCAGAAGUGACUUAUCUACACUUGGGGUACGGGAAGAAAUCCGCGAAUAAAAAAGGAAAGAUGGCUAUAAAUGAGGUAGCAGCAAAAGAAUGGAAAAGUUUCCUAAAUAUGUCUCGCUUUACCCCUCGUACUCCUGAUGAAGAGGAGACCAUGGAGAUCGAUUUUCCAACUCCUGCAGACACCCAAGCGCUGGAAGUCGAAUCAACAGACGCUGGCAGCGGUGACCCUCGUAUAAUUCAACCUUUCGAGAGUGGAUUGAAAAUACCAUUGAAAGGUCGGUACGUGUUAUUGUUUUCGAUACUUCUGAUUUUUUUUGAUAAGAAGAAGAAGAAGAGAGAGGAAGAUUCUACUAGAAACGAAGACAAGAUUGGGGCAAACAAGGUCUCUGAUUUCCUUCUUUUCUGGAUUAUUCCACAUCUACUUAAUUUUAACCAAAGAAAAGUGCAUGAGAUAAUUCAGCAUCACCGGAGUAAGGAAAGUGAAUUUCAUAACUUUGUAGAAAAGUCUGCCUCUGACAUUAUUAAAGAGUCGUUUGAAUCACCAGAAUUUUGUGAUGAUCUUCAAGAUGUCAUUGAAAAGAAAUACAGAGACUGUUAUGGGGAAAAGAUGGAUACAAAGUAUAAGUUGUUCAAAACCGAAGAUGGUAGCCCUAUCAUUGUUGUGCCAAAGAAUUACCAAGUAAAACAAAUGCCAGCUGCACUUGAAGAUAUUGGUAAAGACUGGCGUAAAAUUGGUGAUGUCACUCUUCUUGAUGACGUAAUGAAGAAAUUCAUCAAAGAUCCAGAAAUCCAGAUGGAUUUCUUUCUUUCCAUGCGAGACCUGAAACAUCGACAGGGUAUUGACUAUGCAAUAAUUCUACCAGAUGAGAAAACUUUCAGUGAACUUUUAAGUAGAGUCAGGGCUGAAAGUGCUCAAAUUCUUACUCAAGUAAAAGGUUGUGGACGGAAACUCAUUGCUCCAAGAAUGGCACUGAUCACAGAAACAAACAAACACUUGACGGUGUGUUUUUCUUACUUCCAAGGUAAGGGAUUUCUCUUUGAUGUAGACAAGUGAUAAACAUACAUAUAGAACCAUGAAAAACUUAUAUAAUCUGAAAGUCCCACAGAUAUUUAACACGAACAUUUGAACGAGGCGGAGCAUGAUAUCAAGAAUUAUGUAGGUCAAGGAGAGAGUUAUGGUGGAUAACAGCCUCUGAGAUCUACUUAAUUCUUCAUAUCAUACCAAAACGUCAGCUCAAUAAUAAAUUGUUUUAUUAUUCAUGCAAAAUGUUUUUAAGUUUUGUUUGGUUCACUCAUUGCAAAACAGCAGCUAAGCUGCCGCGUUGCUGCCUGAAAACAAAGUUGCGAUUUUACAUUGGGCAAUAUUGUCCAUCAAAUUGAUUGUAUAUAUUACCUGUGUCUUCCAAAUAUGGCAAGAACUGGGUGGUUAUGAAGAAUUAGCUGGUGGAAUUGAGCCAAUCAGCAUCAGAGAAACAUUUUUGAUUGGGUAGUAAUAAGUACUGUUUAAUCUGCAUUGUAGAAUGGCUUAUUUUAUUCUAGCACUUUUGGAACUGGCCUGUUUGUGUCAUUAGGUAAUUAAUAAUACCUAACCUAGGUGGCAGGCAUUCUGUGAAUGCAUUAAAGGAUGUAACAGAUUUGAGUGGGAAAAACAAGGGAUGGAAAAUAACCAACAACUUAAUUAAAGCAACAAUUAACUAAUUUAAUAGGGGUAUUGGCUUGCUAAAAUAACUUAGGUGUUUAACAAAACAAGGAAGCCUAAAGAACAUGUAUACUGUCAAAUAAACCUACUAGUGUCAAAGAAUCACGAUCAAGACAUAUUUAACACAAAAUAGGGCAAACAAAUCACACAAACCAAGAGCACAACAUGAUUUACUUUAAUUAUAAUAUAUAAUUAGAGUAAUAUUGACAAUUGUUAAUGGACAAAAUGAAUUUUAAAUAAAUCCAGCUUAAUAAGCAGCAGAUCAAUUGCAAAUUAAUGCAAAGGCACAAGAAACUACAUAACUGUACUAUAUCUUUCACUAUUUAUUUUUUAUCAUAUUUUUUUACUGUUUUGUUUUAAUCUGAGAAAAAUAAGGGGGCAUUGAUAAUAAAAUUAUUCUAAUGCCCCGUUUUUAACAGUGGAACCUCUCCUUUGGGACAGCUCUAUUCAAGGGACACCUCCAUUCAGGGGAACAAGAUUUGGUCCCAGGGAAAUGCUUGUUUACACAAUCUUUGUAUUUGUUACCUCUAUUAAAGGGACACCUCUAUUCAGAGUAAAGGGACACUUUUUCUGGGUCACAAACCUGGGUAUCCUACGUCAAAAGUGACUGACCACAAAAAUUGUUGAUAGGUUUAAGUGUUCACUAGUCACAGUUGUGAUGGCUUUCAAAACAUGAAUUAACUCACUUCAAUCAAUGUACUGCAUUUGUGGGAAUUCAUCAAAGAGAUAAAUUAAUCAUGAUUUUUUCAUACAUUAUCUAGCUGCUUGAGAUAAUGACUGCAAUUCUGUAGCCUUCAAGAGCAGAGGCCUAAUAUUUAUAUUAUUUUGUUGGUUAAUUAUUAACAAACCCUAACCCAGCUUCCAUUCAAGGGACACCUCUAUCUAGGGGACACUUGCCUUGGUCCCAAGGGUGUCCCCUGAAUAGAGGUUCCUCUGUAGUUCUAUAACCACCCUAAUAUAAAGCUUAUUUUUCAUUGGUAGGGUUACUGUUUGGGUUUUUCAGCAAAAAUUGUUAAUAUCUCCUUUUACAAUGGGUUUGUGAGUUUCUUUACAGUAUGUCCUCAUGUUUCUAAUAAAAGUCUUACAGUCGACUCUCUCUUAACGGACACCUCUAUAAGAUGAACACCUCUGUAAAACGGACACUUAGAGUUGGUCCCUGCCUUUCUUUACUCCUUUUAUUUGACUCUCUAUAAGACGGACACCUCUCUAAGGCGGACACUUAGUGCCGGUCCCAAAGGUGUCCGUCUUAGAGAGAGUUGACUGUAAUGACUCAAUUUUGAAAUAAAUUAAUUAUUCCAGGAUUUGGAACAUUUAUUGAAAUUAAUUUUAAAAAGCAAAAAACUAAAACUAAAACUAGUUUGUCAACAGACAAUUUUGUUAAAAUGUAAAAUAUAAUUGUCUGUUUACAAACUAGUUUUUUGAAAUAUAAUUGUCUGACUUUUUGUUCACAAAUGAGUUUUUUAAGUUGCUUCACUCAUAUGAAAAAUGCUGUGCAGUUCAAAAUGAAAUUCAGGUUACAAUGGUGUCAUUCUGGUUAUUAGAUACUUAAUUUUAGUUAUACUAUACUAAUUAAUAUAGCCUGCAAAACAUCCAUUUCUCCUCGCUCUUUGCUGCUAGGGUCGUUUUGCGUGGAGGAACGUCUGCGACUCAGCGACAGAAAUUCCAUACUCGUGACGUAAAAUCUGUCCGGAAUCCAGUCAGAAGCGCUGAUUGGUUGACGGAGUAGUUACAUUGUUUUAGCUAUUGUUUACAAAUGACAGAUAAACGACAAAAGGCCAAAAAGGUCAAAUGUAAAUGCGAAGAAUCUCUAACAAAAACAGUCAAUAUUUGUGGAACAUAGUCUUCUCUAGAAGAAGCAUGUGAGUUUUGCUGGAGCUCGUUGGCAGAUAAGCACAACACUUUACCAAAAUCGACUAGAAGACACAUAAAAUUAGACAAAUUUAUAUUUGGAACCCCAUGACUACCAGAUUUAUUAUGUAAACAUUGAUUUGCAUCAUCAGUAUGGAAUUUCUGUUGCUGAGUCACAGACGUUCCUCCACGCAAAAUGUCCCCAGCGGUGAAGAGCGAGGAGAAACGGAUGUUUUCGCAGGCUAUAAUUAAUUAUUAUAUUAUAUAAUCCUUUGCUUCUUAACACAUUGUCUCCGGCAAGGAUUUUAGUAAAUUGACCAUGUAACUUUAAAAAAUCAUAUCUCAGCUGUUAUUUCCAGUAACUUAUAAAGCUAUACCUCAUUGGAAAGGGCAAAAAUUAAACUUUCAGAAAAAAAAUAUUUCGGUCUCAGGAAACCCAUAAUAUUCUGCAAAAAAAAUUAUAAACAAGCAUAUUUCUGUAUAAUUAUUAAAAAAAAUUUUUACGAGUGUAAUUUUGCCAGGAAAGUGGUCUGUUUUGUGUAAUACAGUACACACAAUUUUUUUUCUUCAAUAUCUAAGCAAACAGCCUGAAUAUCGGUCGAAAAUAUAGAGCGACUAACAAUUUUCUACAAAUUUAUUUUGUGACCGUAUCGGAUUAUGCAAAUGAGGUCAGAGCUAAUUAGCAUAGCGAAACUAGAUACUUUAGCGUCACUUUGUGGCCCGAUAUUUACCUUCAAAAGACGCUUUAUUUUUUAGUUUCUCAGCGAAAUAUCGAGUUAAAAACAGGCAAACAUGAAUUCACUGAUAUAAGUGAUCAAAAUAAGCAAGGCUUUGAAGGCAAAAAGCUCAGCGGGACGGAACUCACUGCGUUUGAAGAGAAUUUGUUCCAGACAUUGCCGACUCGGGGAAUUGAAGGCAAAGAUUCUUACUGUUUUCUUUCCUCGAUUUUCGCGUUUGUUUUGCUUGUUAUCCUCCAAAAUCCUUCAAAACAAUCUGCUUGACUUGCAUUUGAUUGAAAUUUGUCGAUAUAAGCUUUCAUUCUACGCAAAAACAUCCCAAAUACUUCUCACUACGCACCGCCAUUUUUCUACAUUUUUGAAAAAUCGUUGCGUGAAGCUCAAAACUCGCAGGGGGCUGGAACUAGGCACAUAAUUAGCUAAAGCUUUUAACUUCCUGUGGGCCAAAUUUGGAGGUAAGCGGAAGUAACGCGAUUUUUUGCGAUGUUUUUUUUCGUUGUCGAUGUCGUGACAUCGACGGCCCUAGUCGCCGGAGACAAUGAGUUAAUAUGGGCGAUGAGAAAAUUAUUCCACUUUUCCAUUAUUUUGUUUCUGGUUUACAACAUUUGUAAGGGGCCCAGCAAUAGACGUGACUUCAUGGUGCAUAGUUUCAGCUAUAUUAUCCUUAUAAUAAAUUAAGUGGUGGCACAUUACUGGCUUGACUCUGUUACAAUAUGUUAAUCAAACUUCAAUUAAGCUCAUCGUAAGUAUCCUCGCUGUUCAUCCAUCAGUAGUUCGAGAUUUGAUUAUAGUGAAUUCAGUACUGAUCUUAUGUGGUGAUAUUGAAACAUGGUGGCAGUGACACAGCUGGUUUAGGACCCUGGUAGAGUCUUAGGGGGAGUCCAAUGUCGGAAUCAGAAGAAACUCCAGAGGAGUCCAUUGGCUCACAAGCUCCACAUACAUUGCUGUCUUAGCCGAGUGUUGUGAUGCAAGCAGUUCCCCUUAUCCGCUUAUCCCCUUAUACAAGGGAUCACAUCGCCAAAACUUCAUUCAUGGAAGACAACUACUAACAUAGCUGGAAACUGGAAACAGUUCAAACAGAUGUGGGAUAAUUUUGUUAUCAUCACGAAUCUCACUGCACAAACAGAACAGUAGAGGGUCUCAGAGCAACUUGAGCUAAUGACAGCAAUGAAUGCGAUGACAGCUACGAGACUAGUGGUUAAGAAUUCCUUGCUGUUAUCGCAGUGGAACCAUUGAUCUAUCCGGGCAAUUGAGCAAACAUGUGGUUAUGCCAGAAAAAUAUACACAGAGAUGAUGAUCAGUGACAAAACAAUUAAAUUUCAAAUCGACUAUGGAACUUCAAUUAAAUUAAUAUCAUCACUAAAUGUCACACCACAGGAAGUCACGUAAAACCAUCGAACAAAACCGUGAAGAUGUGGAAUGGAAUGGAAAUUAUGAAACCCCUCAGAACAACUACCUGCUUAAAGUCACGAAUCCUAAAACUAGAAAGAAGUAUUCAUGCAGUUGAAUUUGUUGUUGUUCCUGAUGACUUGACACCGCUGACAGGUGUACACAUAGCACAACAAAUGGACCUGAUAACUGUGUAUGAAGAUCACUUUGUCACAGUUCCACCUCCCCAAAAGAAGCAAUGUGGAGAGUCACAUCUGAAGCAUUGCAACAGCUGACGAGCUAGUCUGACGAGCUAGUCCAAAGCUAUCCAGAAGUUUGCUCGAAGAAUCCUGGAACCCUACCUGGCACAGUCCACCCAAGAGUUGGUGAAAAUGCUGAGCCCUCCGUAACACCUUCGCGAUUGAUCGCAACAGCCCUAAGAGGGAAGUUUAAAGCUGAACGAGACCACCUAGAGAAUCUAGGUGUAUUAGCAGUAGUAGAUGAGCCCAUGGCAUGGGUGAGCAGUGUUUUUAUCACAACAAAGAGGUCAGGCGCCCUCAGAAUAUGCAUAGAUCCACCUCCGUUGAACCAAGCCUUCGAAAGAGAAACAUCAGCUGCCGAUUCUAGACCUAAUGCCAGAGCUGGCUCAAGCAAAGAUCUUUUCAAUGGUUGAUCUUACCGCGGCAUACUGGCACUGCAUGCUUGAUGACAAGUCCAGUCUCUUGCAUGGUCAUGACUACCUUCGCAACCCCCUUCGGUCAAGAUACGGGUGGACUCCCAAUAAUUGGUCUAUCACAUGGUUCACACAGGCCUUCAAAAGUCCUUGAAAAUUGAAAAAUCGUUGGUUAUCCUUGAAAAGUCAUUGAAUUUUCCACAGAAGUCCUUGAAUAUUUUUGAAAGCUCCUUGAAUAAAAAUAACCUUUUUUAAAAAAAAAAAAUGUUCUGCUCAAAGGAACGAUUGAAAGCACAGCAAUACACAAAUUUUCCUUUGUGAUCAUGAAAGCGAUUUCAGUGUUCUUGGCAUAGUUUAUUUUCUGUUAUUUGAAGUACCCUUUUAACUGUGCCUUAAUGAAGGAAGAUUUCGCAAAAAAAAUAAGCAAACCCCCCUACACCUGCAUAUUUUAAAGGUCUUUACUUCCUAUGUUAUUGGGGAAAAAAAGUCCUUGAAAAAAUGAUUUUAGUCUUUGAAAAUUAUCUAUCUUACUCCUCUCUAGGAUAGACAUUAGUAAGGGCUGGCCGGCUGGGUGCAGACACUUAUAGACACUGUGUCCAUGACCGACUGCAUGAAGUCAAUUUGACAAAACAAAUUAAGAAGCCAGUAAUUAAUUUAUGUGGAAUUUCGAGGUUACAUAUAUUAUCUAUCAAUUGAAAUUAACAUACAGUUUUCUUUUUUUAAUACUAGGUAGAUUUUGCAUACUGUCACAUUAAAUUUACAGCAUCAUCAGGCUUUUUAUGCAGAAUUAGGGUUAAAAAAUAAUUAUAAGUAUAAUUUCGAGGUUGGUUACACAUGUCCACGUUAUGCAUUCUUGAAUUUGUGGGAAGUUGACAAGAGAUUUGCUGUGUAUUUGUAAUCAUAUGUAGCGAGGUCAGUUCUUUAUUGUACAAUGUCUUGCUUUCCAAGCAUUCCCAAAUUCCUUUCUGUGAGACCUAUACACUCACUCCUGUUGUUGAUGUUGUUUCAGUAAUGAUUUUAUUUUUUUUUAACGAAUGGAAUAAGAAGAUAUUGUUUUUUAUUAACCCAUUCACCCCUGAACCACCAGUGCGGAAACAGCUUUAUACCCUUGUACUGCUUGUGAUGUAAUCAGAAUGAUACAGCCAAGUCAGAAGUAAAAAAAAUGAGGGGGGAGAAGGGAAUUCAAAGUAAAAGGUAAAAGAUGAGACUAGAAACUAGAAAUUUUGCUUUCUACACGUGCCCAAACUUCGAAAGCUGAUAUUUUGCAUCUGGAACAGAAGCCAGCUUUGGAAUCAGAUCCAAGUAUAAAACAACGUAAGUUUUAGCAGUUUUGGUGGUUAAUGGCUUGCGUUUGACCAGAAAGUGGCUCGACUAGCAAUUUACGGCAAACUUCCCAGGAGCAUGUAUAUGGGUUAAGGAGGGGGACAUUGGGGGUUCCCAAUACUGCAAUACCGUUAAAAAUAUUGGCACAUACCAAAAUACCGUGUUAAAAAUUGACAAAAUACCGAUGAUGAUGAUGAUGAGAAAAACGGUCAAAAAGCCCGGUCAUUGGAUGCCCUUCCAAUUUCAUCAUAGAUUUUUUAAUCAUUUUACCAUUAAGUAUAUAGUCUUAAAAUUAUAUUAACUUUUAUUAACCUGUUUUCCUUACUGUUGGUCAGUAGUUGCACAUUGUAUCGACCUGUAUUAGACAGCAGGUGAAUGCAAAUAAAUGGUACUGCAAAAAUAACCAUGAAGGAUCUUCUUUUACCGAAUACCGUUAACCAAAAGGAUGAAAAACGGUAUACCACAGGGCUAGAUGAUACUGCAAUACCGCACAUUAAAAUCAAAAUUACCGAAAUACCACUCGCAACAAAAAAGCUCAAUGCGAUAAUACCAUAAAUAUAAACCCCCAUGUCCCCCUCACAAAGAACAGUCAGAUGCAGUGUAAGGAAACCUAUCAUACAGUAGAAGCCACCAUUCAUUACCAGUAGCAAUAGUUCUCACUACAUCAGCCCCUGCGCCUUAGACAUUUGUUUUGAAAUGUUUAGUCUUCUAAUGUUCAAUACAUUAUCUCUUUAUUUCUAUGCUCUUAGGUUAUGCUCUUAGGUACUUAUGACAUUUGACAAUAGUGAUUAGAGCUAAGCACUAACUCUGAAUGAUUAGCUUUCAUUUACCGUGAGGUUUGUCACUAUAAAUAUGUAAAAUGAAAACAUAACUUGCAGAUGAAUCGACUGUGCAUGGUGUAGUGGUAUAAGAGGGUUUCGGUUUCUAGGACGUUGGGUUUGAAUUCCGCUUAUGCCACAUUCAAUCUCCUUUUUUUUUUUCUAAAAAUAAUUGAACGACUGAGAAUUAGAAAAAGAUUAGAAGAGUAGAAAUUUGAAGAGACUUAGAAAUUUCAUGUAAGUGUGUACCUUAUAAGAACAGAAGGUGGUUCUAGAGGAUGGAAUCUACGUAAUGCUGGCCGGUCAAUAACAUGUUUCCAGAAUUUCCCAAGACCGCCUUGCGCACAUGCUGAAAGAUUAACCAGGACCACCUUGUGUGCCUACUUUAUUCAAAUCAAGAAGAUUUUGCAUUAUUACCAUUACAACGAAAUAAAAACGAUACUUCUAUCUAGCUAUGUGGGGUAAUUUAGGGUGCCUCCGCCCUCAGGUCUGCGGGGGCAAAAAUGGUGAACUGACAGUUAUGUCCUUAGCCUGUGAGCAAGCUCUCACUGCACAGCUAAAACAGUGUAGCCAUCAAUGCCUAAUUUAUUCUUACUUAUAUUUGCCUUUCCAGGAAGUGGCGCUGAUGUGGUGGCUGCCUUGUUUAGAGCUAUCGGAGCACAUUAUUUGGAUCAUUUUACCCUUGCCAUAUUGCAUGGACUGUGUUUGAAGUUUGGUGAUCCAGAGUGGGAGUUGAAAGUGGGAAGCCUGUACCCUGUCAAAAGUGCAAGAAAAAUCAAAUUCACACAGUACUCCUUGAAUAUGAAGCAGAUGAAGGAGAUGAAACCACUUGACUUCUCUGAGGCCCAAGGCAGAUUCUGUAGAACUGAAUUUCCUGAAACAUAUGAAUCAUUUGAACAAGCAAUACGUGAGGACCUCCUCAAUAUAGGGGACAUCAUUUCAAAGGCCAACAAGACCCAAGAGGAUGUGCCAAUUGCAAGUGCUCCAAAGUUUGAGACAGAUGAAGAGUUUACUGUUGGCUAUUCCAUUGCUUGCCAAGAGGGAAGGUUAAGGGGCAUUCCCUCCGAAGUUGACAAGAGGUUGAAGAAAUUUAAAAUAAAAGCUGUGAAUUUGAAUGGGUGCCUGUUGUCAAGCCUUGCCAAAUGUGGCCGUAGAAGCAACAUUGGUGUUGUUUUAGCGAUAAAUGAUCUUUGUAAAAAGGAUGGCUGUUUGGUGCCAGUACGUCUUAAAGAUGCCAUAAGGAGAAUCAUAACCUAUUUUGUCCAAGCUGUCAUAGUUGCUGGUCUUCCAGAAGGUGAGUCUCUUGGUUUUUGAGGUAAAUUUAUCUGGCCUCAAUUGCUCAAAGGCUGGAUAGCGCUAUCCACCGGAUAAAUCUCUAUCCAGUGGAUGGUGAAAUUAGUUUCCCCAAUACUUAUCUGCUGGAUCAUGAUUUAUCCAGUGGAUAGCGCUAUCCAAUGUUUGAACAUACCUCAGGGCCUGUUCUACAGUAAACUAUAUAAACAGCACAAUACAAAUUACAGCUGUAUGGCUGAAGCUACAAUGACUAACCCUAAACUAUGUGGUAGGUUUUAGCAUAAGAACAAAUUUUAUACAGACAACAAUAUAUUAUGUCAUGACUUACAGUGCAUUAUUAUAUAACAGAUUCACUGUAAAAAUUAAGAGCAAAUUUUAGUCUGUUUAUCAGUAGAACUAGUACAGUUUGCCUUUUAGAAGAUACAUGUAAAUCAGCAUUUUGAUAAUUAAGCUGAGACCUCAGUCAUUCAGUUAAUGGUGCUCCGAUCUUUGUAAAAUGGGUUUUUACUUUACAUUCAUACCAAGGGUGAAAGCAGCAGACUUGCCAAGUCUCACGACUUUUGAGUCUCACAAUUUCACAGUCUCUCAUGAUUUGGCAACUGAUUUCCCACUCUUUCUCGAAAAGACAAACUCCCAAAAAAUUUUAAUUUUUAAUUUUUUUUUUUGUAGGGUUUGUUGCCAAGGUUAGAUAUCAGUAUAGAUAUAGAUAUUGGCUCAAUCCAAAGAAAACACUUAGCGGUCGCAUUUGAUUACAUAAUUUUUGCCACCAAAUGUGCAGACGUUUUACUGUUUAAUUUUUGUUUCUCUGGUUUCAAGAUGGCCACUAACAAAACAACGGGCAAAACAUAGAAAUUAUAAAACCCCUGAAAAGUAAAAAAAUGAUGUUUACUGCUCCAGCGUUAAAGUGAUAGAGUAGCUUACAAUACCCAUAAUAUCCUCACUGGAAGUCCUUUCACUAGGAAAUUUGGGACGUCUCAUGACUUUUUACCCAUUGUUGCUGCUUUUCCUGGUUCGAGGUUCAGAAUCUCGCAUUUUUUGCCUUUUUGGGGUUGGCAAGUCUUAAGCAGGGUUUAAAUAACACAUCUAGCAAGGAAAGGGCCAAGAGCAUGUGAUCAAAUUGCAUUGUAUUCAUUUCAUUCAUUCAUUUAAAAUGUAAGUGGAUUAGUCCAAAAGGAUGCUGGCUUUUUCAUACGUGCCAGGCAUGCAUAAUAGCAACCUGGAGGAAAUCAGCUAGUGUGGUUGCCCCCAAGUAGUUUUCAUUUAAAAUAAAGUUAAUUCCUAGUACUGAUUUAGAUGUUUACUUGAACAUGUGAGACCAACUUCUGUAUCAUCUUGUAUGGGUGGACAAGAUUUCAUUUUAAACGGGGUUGUGGCUUGAAGCUAUAAGAACCCUCAGCAACACCACCAUCAGCUCUCCUAGCUGCGACCAUGUUGGUGAUCACCAUAGGCAAGGAGGAAAAAAACUGGUCAUGUGUCAAGCCCUAUUACUUCAUAACUAAUUUAUUAGAAGUGUUUAUCAGGGUCCUUCUAAAGCUAAAGUGAGAUAGAUGUUGUGGGUCAAAGUGAAGUUCGGGUUCAAAUGGUUCUCACCUACAUGUAAUUUGCUUCUCAAUUCUUACCCUCCUUUGUCUCCCAACCCUUAUUAUUCUGUUAUGAAUAAUAGGUAGGGCGUAGCUGCCAGUAUGGAAGUUCGUACCUGGAAAACAAAAUAGCUAUUAAAGGGACAAAAGUUAAGGCAAAUAAUUAAGGAUAGCAGAACUGACGGUUUCCAGAAUUUUAUUGUCAUUCUAAUAAGCCGAAAACAUAGUCAUAAGUCAUCCUCGUCAAAAUGAUUUAGGAGAAGUGCUGAAAGGGGUACCGUUGAUUUGGUAUCCUGCAGUAUAUGCAUUCCUUCGGAAAAUUUCUACCUACUCCAUCCCCCGAUUAUCAUCUACGGAAUGUUACGCUGUUACCUGUGGCAGUCUGCUUCCAAGUGUCAUCCUUAUGUAUGGUGGAAUCUGUAAACUAUGUAUCAUUCAGAGCGAAAAGGGAAUAAUAGGAAAAGACCGUCCUCGCCUCGAAACAAGCCAAAGUUCUGUUUAUAAUUACAUGUAGGUAAGCAAACUGAUGCCUGCAGUUGGGGUCAUUUUGGAUCAGUACAACUGUCAAUGAGUUAAUUCCUUUAAUGUAUGUGUACUCAUGACUCACAAUAAGGGAUUUUAGUAGUUCACGUUUCAUGCAGUGCUUUUAAUCGCUUUAAUUGCUUUUUUCUACCCAAAAAAAUCCCUACUUUUUUUAGCAUACCCAAAAAAAUCCCUCAGUGUUUUUGCAUCAGCAAAUUUUAUUAUUUAUCUUCUGGAAAGCUAAAACAUGCCAACUUCAACUUUGGUUUUGGUCAAAAACAAAACUAUAAAUUGCGCUUAUGUUAUUUUUGAUUUGAGCUGACGUAAAAUACAAUACCCGAAAAAAUCCCUGUGUUGUUUUCGCGACCCAAAGAAAUGCCGGCGUCUUUCAUAGACCCAAAAAAAUCCCUUUUGGCCAAAAUGUCAGACCUAAAAAAAUUCUUCGGACCCCCCCGUCAUUAAAAUAUGUGAGUGGGGCCCCUGGGUUCUCUCCUUUGCUCUGAGAGGUUUUUCUCUAGGUACUCGGGUUUUCCCCUCUACUCAAAAACCAACUUUUCCAAAAUUAUUCCAAUUCAACCAGGAAUCAGGUAGACAAAGAGCCACUUUGUGGACUGCUACCUCCAAAUCAUUAUCUAUUUAUUUAAUUGAAUAGGGGCCGGAGCUUAGAGGCUUUUAACAUGCUACGUAGCAUGUUAAAAGCCUCUGAGUACUUUAUCCCUGAUGGUGGGGGAUUAAGCAAUGUUUUUAUGAGCAGGUAAAUGUUAUAUUCCUCACUAUGGCCCAGGGGUCAAGGUGCUUAGGAUUCAUUUCAUUUUGACAGAUGCACAAAUUUAUGUAACAUACGUCCUGAACUGAAUGUUUAUUCUUUUUUCCUCAUUAUUCAGUUUAUCCAGCUGAACCUGAUGAGGUUGAUAGGAGAGAUAUUGAAUGCUCCACAUCUGAGGAUGAGGAUGAUGAUGGGGAACAGAUGCAAGUUGAAGAUGAAGCGGCUUCAGCUUCUGCCACAGUUGCCAGCAGACCGGCAGCCACUUCAUCUUGUGCAACUGAAAGGCCUUCCAUGUUACAAGGUAUUUCCUGAUAAAUGAAUUUUUUAAGUUUUAAUUUUACACCUUGGUGUAUUAAGGAAUUUCUUUAAGCAGCCUUCAAAGUUGACGUUUUAAUGAAAUCUAAUGGGUGUAUGACUACAUUUCCUAUCAGAGAGCUUAAGGUUUUAAUGCCAGGCUGUGAGAGAAUGGUUUCUUCUCCAGUGUCUUCCAUAAGCAUGCUUUCCCAGAAAAGAUUAAUGUGUAGAGGAUGGAAGGGUGAAACACAGUUAAGACUUCGUUGGUGAAUUGUUUCUUUUUUUGAGAACUCCAACCCUUUGCAAGCAUCCUUUUGAACUGAACCUGUGUUAACUGUUCUGAAACAUUGUUUUCUCAAACUUCUACAAUGGAGAUCAAAAGUUUUGGGACACUUAACCUGAUACGACUUUAACUGACUCCCUUUGCCUCCUCUCCCCGGGGUAAAGUUGUAUUUUGUGCACCCUAUCUACUCUACCCAAAGCCAUGUUUUGAAAAGUGUUAUCGUUUGGGGGGGCAUGAGGAGAGGGCCAUCAGAGGCAUCCAAACUAUUGCAAAAGUGGAUCUUAUAUGCUACAAGUCAUUUGCAUACAUUUGAUAUGUUUAUAGUUCCAUAGGAGGAUGGUUUUCAAUAAUUUUCCUUAGGAUUUUUGUUGUAGCUUAAAUACCCACUUACUCAACUGUUAUUAAAUUUCUUGUUCUUCAAAUAUAUACCGGCAUGACAUUUGCUUCUUCAAAACGAGUGGUUAAGUUCAAAAACCUUUAAUUUGUAAUGAAUAAUUAUGAAAAUGUCUGAUUUUGGCACUUGACCAAUACAUUCUUGUAUCAGCAUGUUAAUAUUUGUUUUUGAACAAUCACUUCCCUGCAUGCAUGCUUUGUUUUUGAACUUGAUCUUUACUUAUAACAUUUGAUGAAACAGGCGCCUGACAGGGCCUGACUAUAUGAUAUACGUUGACAUGCAUGCAGGUGAUGAAAUGACUUUCUGCUCUAAAAGGAUUUAUUUGAUGCAGCGAAGUGUAAACAUUAAAGUGAAGGAACUAUGCAGGGGGAAGUCUGCUAACAUCUACCUAUUUACUUAAAGCAGCUUUUGACCAAAGAUUACAAGUCAGAGACUUCAAUUUGGCUACUGUUUCUUACAGUUAAGUGAGUCAUUUCUUUUAGGGGUUAAGUACUCUCUCAAUCAAAUACAGUAGCAGUGCACUCAUUGACAAAAUGCAAAUAACGUCAUAUAUUAACCUACAGUAUCUCUCUCUAGUUAACUGGGCUGCCUGAGCCCAGAUUAUAAGAUGAGCAGAUUUCCUUGUCAGAAAGUGAAAACUAUCAAUGAUUAGCCCGGUAACCCAGAGGGCAUUGCGUGAUCCUUGAAGCACGCUUGCCCAUUUUCAUAGAUUCUGUUGAUAGAUUGAUUUCUUUCUCUGACUCGCCUCUUUGGAGGUCUAAAUUAGAAUGAUUAAAGAAGCUUGUCUAGUGAAAACUGGAACUUUGAGAAUUUCGCACACACGUUCAUCUCAUAGCCUGAUAUGUCGAGAGGGCAAAUAAUAAGCGGCGAAGCUUCGAGAAGGCAAAGCUUCACCGGGAGCCUCAAAUACGAACUUGAGAGAAAUUGAGUACUUAGUAGGCAAGUUACUUUACUAGUUCAAAGUUUGGUGAGUUAAUUAGCAUCCUUGAGCUUUUAGUUGUUCUCGUAUUUUGCUGAAAGAAACACUGUAAAUGUACGGAGGUAAAGUAAAGUAUUUUUAAAACGUGUAUGUAGGGUUUUAACUAUAUAAAGAUCAGGCCCGUAUGGAGGGGGGUGGGAUGCGACGGGUGCGCUCCCCCACCCCCACAGGCCACAGAGGUCCAAUUUUUUGUUGAUGAACGAUUGAAAACAAAGUGAAAUCAUUUAUAUGUUUGUUAAAAGCCGCUCAACAACCUUAAGGGUUUGUACUCACAGUUUUCUGAAUUGUUAGUUAUUUUAAUUAUAGUGAGUAGGAGAUUUGACGCUGGUCCUUGCUCUUUAGCAUUACUUGCAAGAUAUUGUAGCUCCUAUUAAAGAAGCCGUACUGUACUCUUGUAAAACGUUCCACUGUCACCCGGUCAAGAGUGUUUCUUGCAUCAAUCAACUCUAAGUCUUUUCAUAUAAAUUAGAAUUAUGCAGGUCUUACGAUUGGAGCGGGAUAAAUUUUAUUAUUCCUCCUUUUGUCGUAACGAUUGCUACGUGGAGCAACAUAUUUUUUGUGUGUGACGGUGUGGCGAGUUGUGCAUUUGUGAGGCCGUGUCAUUUAUCACUGCCAUUUUCCAAUUCAGGACUGUUAAGCAGCCAGUUACAAAGGGUGGAUCUCGGAUCCAUUUGUGCUUGAAGGAGAUGAAGGAAUCAAUUGUUCCUUUCUUGUGUCUUUGAGGACAGUUUGAAAUAUCUGCUGUUUCUUGUGACCAAAACGUAAUAUUUGCAGUACAAGGGAGGCCCUCGAUCUUCACUGGCUCUUAUCCACAUCUAUUAUCUAAACAGACAUUGUUCUGAAAAAAAGUCGCCGAUGUGUUUGCUAAGAACCACCCCAUGUAGGGCUUUUCAAGGAUAAUAAAAUGAAUAAUUCAAAUGGAACAUGGUUAAGUAUCCGAAAUAGUAGAAGGUGAACCAGUUGGCUAUUUCAAGCGUGACCAAGGAUUUGAGAAUCGGACUACCUACCGAGCUAGUGCAAAUUUAGCAAGUGGUCAGGAUGGGACUAGAGCACUAACCCGGCGCUGGGUAACGCUGUCUUCUUACUAAUGCCUCUUAUGUAAUCACUGGAUCAUUAUACGUUUCUGGGAAACUGCCCACCUACCCCUCCCCUAAGCCAACAUUUGUCCCUAAGUGAGAAGUAAGUGUUAAUGUUGGCAAAGAAGAGGUUAGGUGGGCAGUUUCCCAGAGAAACGUAUGAUGAUCCAUGAUUUCUUUACAGUAAAACAAGGUACACCCUCCAAUGAAGAACUAGAGAUGUUGUCAGUGGAUAUUGCUCAGGGUUGGAAGGCACUUGGGCGACGGCUAGAAAUCGAUGACGCACGCUUGACUGGUUUUCACAAAGAGAAUGAAGAGUACAGUGAAAAGCCAUACAAAAUGCUGUUGUACUGGAAGAACAAAAAAGGUAGUGAUGCAACCUACAAAAUAUUGUAUCACGCUUUGUGCCAUGAACUUGUUAACAGAAAAGACUUGGCGGAGAAACUUUGUUGUGAGUGAACUUUGAAUUAAUAUUUGUGUAGAGUAACAGACUGAGUGUAGUAAAAAGUAGGGUUACACAGAGUAUGUAUUACAUGUAGUAAUAAUCGAAAGUGGGUAGUUUUUACCAGUAGGAUAUUUUUAUAUAAGCCCCAUCGGUUACUGAAAUAAGCACAUUUUGAAGUUAUGAGUAGACGUUAGCAUCAUGGAAGGCAAAGUCGCAAGAUUAGAAUGUUAGCCUGUUAUCUUAACUUUGCCUGCUCUUUAGCUAGUUUUCAUUUUUCUCUCAUUUCCGUAAUUUUUUUUUUUGUACCGGUUUAGUUGUAGCUCGCUAAACUGGUUACCAGAGGCAUUUCCAGCUAGUUCCAACGCCUGCUAUACUCGCCGCUUUCACACCGGCUCUAGCAAAAUGUUACUACAGUAACAGCGAAACACUUGUAGUUUAAAAACCAAGAACGUUGUAGAAAACUAGUUUAAAAUGAGCUACUUUUAAUGUGCCUAUGUAAUUUGUUAUUAUUAGGUCUCAACUUGCUUUUUGCAGCUAGUUUAACUAGCUUUAAAAUAUAUUUAUAGCUAUAGUUUUAAAAUAGCAAACUAUAAUUUUAAACGCAGAAGUGUUUCAAAAUACCGGUUCGUUGAGAAAUCCUACAGGUCAGUUAACAAGUUGUGCUUCACUUUUGUUAGAAAGGGAAUGGAAUAAUUAUCAUCAUCAUUAUGAUAGUGUCAUUUUCUUAGUUUUACAAGAAUCCAUGGUGGUGCAAGUCUCCUAUAAAUUCAUUUCUCCUUUAAACAUAGCCAAACUUUGUUCUCUACUAGGUGUUGGCAGUUUCAACAGCUGUCAGCUAUCUUUCUUUGAUACACUGUCAACAUCAGCAAAAACAAGUUUUGGCUUCCUUUUUCAAGAAUUAAUGUAUUGAUUUGUUACCAUUUCGAGCCUGAUUCAAGACUAUACCAACAAUGAUUUUACUGUAAAAAUCGUUGAAUCAAAUGGCAUAUAUUACCAUCUUGUUAUGUAAACGACAGGCCAUGAAUAGUUACGUAAUAGUUCGUGCCUCAUGAUUGUCAGUUUGUUGUUCUGCACAGUCAAUCAACACCACUGCCUAAAGAAGAUCAGCAAUAUAAUAACAGAUGCUCAAGUCAAUAACAUAAUUCUAGUUAGACAAACGGUAAACAAGCCUGUUGUAUAUUUAAUAUUUUUAAAUUAAGGUGGUCUCAUUAUCUUAAUAAAUACAAAUUAAAAUUUGUAUUUAUUAGUGACAGAUAUCAUCCAGGUUCUUAUUAUAUCUUUAACGAGUAGUCUAAUAUUUUUUCACCAUGUAUUUGAUAUUUUUGUAAGCAAAUUUUAAUAUUUAUAGUGGUUUAGUGAAAACUGAAAUUGCUAGUCUAACUAGUUCGGUACCAUUUUGUUGAUAUUUUUAAGCAACAAACGUUUCCAUUGAAGAGAGGUAGUUAAGAAUCCAUUAUAUUAUAAAUACGAUAGGCUACAGUCGGUUGAAAUUUAGCAUGCCCCAUGCAAGGGAAUCCGGUUUCCGGAAUCCGGGAAAUUUUUGCUUGUAGAAUCUGGAAUCAUGAGCUUUGGAAUCCGGAAUACAGCUCAAGGAAUCCGGAAUCCAAGUUCUAUAGCCCAACCGGAGGAAGACUGGAAUCUGUCUUGGAUCCCCUUACAUGGGGCGAUUUAGCGCACUGAGACU